CCGUCGAAUCUCGAACAAACGAACGAAUUCAAUGCUCAUUGUUUCCAAAGCGUGGAUGGCCAUCACGGACAUGGGGUUGAAAACACAUCGGCUACUGGUGCCCCUGGUCCUCCUCUUGGCCGCGGUGAGGUCGGUGCCCCGUAAGCCGUACUCGCUGCCCUUCGCCAACGGGUUGGCGGUCAGCAGCUCAUCCUCCUCGUCAUCACCGCCAGACCCCGGUCCGCCCAACAUAGUGAUGAUCCUGGCGGACGACAUGGGCUGGAACGACGUGAGCUACCACGGCAGCGACCAGAUCCCCACGCCCAACAUCGACGCCCUGGCCUACAACGGCGUCAUCCUCAACAGCCACUACGUCUCCGCCAUGUGCACCCCGAGCCGGUCGGCCCUGCUCACCGGCAAGUAUCCCAUUCACACGGGCAUGCAGCACCUCGUGAUACUCGAGGCCGAGCCCCGGGGACUGCCCCUCCACGAGAAGCUACUCCCGCAGUACCUGAAGGAAGCCGGCUACUCGACCCACGCGAUCGGCAAGUGGCACCAGGGCUUCCACCGGCGCGAGUACACGCCGACCUACCGCGGCUUCGACACGCACUUUGGGUACUGGAACGGCUACCAGGACUACUACGACCACGAGGUGGUGUCAUCGGUCGGGGGUGAGCCGUACCGGGGCUACGACAUGCGUCGCAACAUGAGCGUGGCCCACGACGCCCGGGGCAAGUACUCGACGGACCUGUUCACCGCCGAGGCCGUCAAGCUCAUCGACGAGCACGACGCGGCCGGGGGCCCGAUGUUCCUGUACUUGGCCCACCUGGCGCCCCACAGCGGCACCGACCGCGAGCCCCUCCAGGCCCCUGACGACGUCGUCGCCCGGUUCUCGUACAUCCGGGACCCCGAGAGGAGGAUCUACGCCGCGAUGAUGGCCAAACUCGACGAGAGCGUCGGCGAGGUCGUCGCGGCUCUUAGGCGCAACUCCAUGCUGCAAAACAGCGUUGUUGUGUUCAUGGCGGACAACGGGGCAGCCACGCAGGGCAUCCACUACAACCGGGGCAGCAAUUACCCGCUCAGAGGGAUAAAAGCCAGCGCGUGGGAGGGGGCGGUGCGGGGUGCAGCGGCGGUAUGGAGUCCGCUGAUUCGUCGGCCGAAGCGCGUCUCGAACGACCUAAUGUACAUCGCCGAUUGGCUGCCUACCCUCCUGUCGGCGGCUGGGCUGCGCUCCAACGUACCCCCCGGUAAGAUAGACGGCGUCAACAUGUGGCCGGCGAUAACCGGCGAGUCCCCGGCCGCCGGCAACGCCAGAGCCGAGGUCCUCGUCAACAUCGACCCUAUUUUCAACUACUCGGCAAUAAGGAGAGGCGAUUUCAAGUACAUCCUGGGCACGGUGGGCAACGGGGAGGACUGGUACGGCGAGACCGGUAGGACCGAGGACGCAGAGCAGGAGGGCAGGAGCCCCGCCUACGACCCGGAGACUGUGCUCAUGAGCAAGGCCGGCACCGCCAUUUCUGGCUUGCUCACCGCCAAGCAGGUGACGGAGAUUCGAGCGGUGAGGAGCCACACGUACGAGAGAGUGAGAGAGGACGCUAUUACAACAGCUAAACUGCUGACGGCCGACGAGUUGCUAAAGUUGAGAUCUACCGCCAGUAUACGCUGCACAGUGCCUGAAUCGGAUAGAAUAGCCUGCAAUCCGCGCCAAGCUCCCUGCCUCUUCAACAUCAAGGAAGACCCGUGCGAGCAGCGCAACCUCGCCGACCAGCGCCCAAUGAUACUGGCCACUCUCGAGGAAGCCCUGCUCAAGUACCGGGUGACGGCCGUGCCGCCGAGCAACGUGCCGAACGACCCGCGCGCCGACCCCGCCCUCUGGAACAGCACUUGGGUCAAUUGGCUGGACGACGAUCCGCUCGAGUUUCUGGUCGACGACGUCAGCAAGGACAAAAUCGACGACCCGGGCGCCCGGCUUCCCGGCUCCAUGAUUGCCCUGAUCGCCGUACUCCUCGGGCUCGCGCUCGUGGCGAUCCUCGCGCUCAUCGGCAUCAGGUGCAGCAAGCGCUACGACCACGCGCUCAAGAAGAAGCAGCAGCAGCAGCCGGGCUACCGCAACUCCAAGCAUUUUCAAGAGGUGGUGCAGCAACCGGGCGAGAUGACGGCGGUGCUGGAUCAAGCCCAUCACCACGAGGAGGGCAAUCACGCGGGGGCGAAGGUGCUGGACGCAAGGGAGAUCAUGCCGUCGCUGAAGAGCCUGGCGAGGAGCGUCGAGUGACGAGCGAGAGGAGCGAGAAAGAAGCCAACCGUUGAAAUCACCUGGAAACAACUCAAUGACUAUCAUUCUAUAGGGACUAACCGCGUUGCUGUCUUUAUUGUUUGUAUACCUGUGUGUCCUGAUCCUUUUUUUUUUAUAUGAGAUUUUCCAGCUGAGAACUCUUUACUCGAGAGCAUUAGUUAGUAUUAUGUUUCACUCCAAGUUAGCGUUUUUCAUUAGUUAUCCAUGUACUUGUGGUAUCACCGAAUUUUUACGCUUUUAUAACUUUACAAAGAUAUGCAUGAUUGAGUACUAAUUGAAAGUAUGUUGUGUGGUUGUUUGAAUCUCGCUCUACCUUAAAAAACAAUUGUAUUGAAUUCAUUUCCAACGGUAUACUUUUAAAUGUACACUGUUACUGCAAGUGAAUUAAAAAAAAAAAAAAAAAAAAAAAAAA